AGUCCAGUCAAUUAUUCAUCCGCUACAUCGCUACAUCGCUACAUACCUACUUCGACUAUACACAGCCUCCAUCAGCCAGCCAUGCUUUCCAACAGUAAAUGCCCUAUGGCAUCUGUCAACGCCUCGUCAUGCCCUGCGGCCGUCUCCAGCGCCUCCGCAGAUCCCAAUACUAGCCUGCAGACCUGUGGGAAGGUGCCCGAGACGGAUGGCUUCAUCGUCUCCACCACCCUCGCCGAUGCCGAUCUGUCCAACUUCCGCCAGUCAAUCGCGAAAGCGCAGCCCCGGUGCAUUGAUUCGUUCCUGAGGCAAUCCAACUUCGAGGAUAUCAAUGGCAAGGUUAUUGAGAGCAUCGGUCAUCUAUCUACCUGCAAGGUCGCAUUCUUGACGAGGUCAAUUGCUAUCCGAGAGGCACCCUUGAUAUCCGGAUACCCGCUUGUUGGUACCGCGCCUCAAUUUAUGCGCAACAUCCUUGAGGCGAUGGACAGCAUGCACGAUUCUCAUGGCGACACCGUUCAGUUCCACCUGUUCAGCCAGAAGAUGUAUAUGUCCUGCGACCCAGCUGUAGCAAGGGCGACUAUGUAUGAGAGCGAGUACUUUUUCAAGCGUGCUGAGGAGCAGCCGGGCUAUUCACAACGACUGCAGUCUGAUCCUGCGUGGCAGCUUGCACACCAACUUCUCCUGCCAGCCUUCUCUGCCAGCGCUAUGAAACUAUACAGCAAGGAUAUGCUCACAAUAGCCGAAGACGCAUCCAGCUGGCUCAGCUCCCGACUGAACGAGCCAUUCACUGUUGUUGACUUUACUACCAACAUGACGUUCCAGACGAUUGGCAGUGUCGGCUUCGGAUACGACUUCCAUCUGCUCGAUCCGACACACACAGAAAAGCACCCGUUCUUGCACGCAAUGGGAUUCUGUCUGGAUGAAAUCUCGAAGCGCGCCUUUUUGACAUCGUACUGGAAGAAGCUGCCAACACCCGGCUAUUACGAGUACAAGAAGCAGAUGCAGGUGAUGCGCAGUAUUGUUCAAGAGGUUAUUGACGAGCGCCGGGCAUCGGCUGAUGCAACCAACAUGAAGAAGGAUCUGCUCGGCUUCAUGCUCAAUGCGCGUGCUCCUGAUGAGGACGGCAACCUUGUCGGACUCGACGACGCCAACAUCUUCGACCAAAUCAUCACGCUGGGCAUUGCUGGCAGUGAGACAAGUGCUGUGACGCUAUCGUGGGUGCUAUAUCUGCUCCCGAUCAGUGUCAAGGAGGCGAACUCGCUCAAGUACCUGACGCAAGUCAUCAAGGAAACCUUGCGCCUGUAUCCACCUGUCCCGUCGAUCGACAAGUACUGUGCCAAGGAUUGCGUUGUUCCAGGCGGCUUCCAAGUCAAACGCGGCCAGGUGUUUACCAUCAACAUGUGGACCCACAUCGCUUCAACCCUGACCGCUUUUUCAGACGAGAACAUUAAGUCGAUCCCCGAUGGCGCCUGGUUGCCAUUCUCGGCAGGUCAGCGCAGCUGCAUCGGAUUCCAACUUGCCAUGAUCGAGAUGCGCAUUAUCCUGGCUCGUCUGCUCUCCAACUAUGAGUUCCGCUGUGUCGAUGACAAGGAAGUCAUUCGUGACCCGAAAGGAUUUUCGAUGAGGCCUCGAGACCUGUCCAUGACUGUAUGUGAGCGCACCAACUUCCCGGAUCCUGGCGCCGAGACCUUCAGUUCGGAUUCCACGCAUGCCACAGCAGCGGUCGCUAGCGUCAGCAAGAUCAGUGUUCCUCUGCCGCGGGUUUCAAUCCUGUUUGGGUCCAACAUGGGUGUGAGCGAGGAAUACGCUGCACAAUUAAGCGAGCAGGUUGUGCGCAUGGGCUUUGAGGACACAUCUGUCCAGGCGCUCGACGACUGGGAUAUCUUAUCAGCCAAGGCCGCUGAUGGUAAGCGCACCCUGGCCAUCGUGAUCACGAGCACUUACAACGGCUUGCCGCCCGAUAACGCAACCCAGUUCGCCAAGUCGCUCGAUGGAACAAGCCAGGCUGAUCUACUGCACGGUGUCGACUAUGUCGUGUUUGGAUGUGGCAACUCACUCUGGCGUACAUACCAGAAGUUCCCGCGCCAUAUCCACAAGCGUCUUGGUAUGCUUGGUGCGACUCCUCUGAGCGAAUUCCAGUUUGGCGACUCUAAUGACGAUCUGGACGAGGACUUCUUGCAGUGGUCUCUGCGUAUCUGUGCACUUGUCACUGACCACUACGGCUCGGGCACCGAAGGGCUCGUCGAGGUAGUUUCAGCUCCAAAGUCGCUGCCAUUCAACAUCAGCCUAGUCGGUAGCACUGCGGCUCCGUUCAGAAUCGCUUCUGAGAAUGCUAGCAUCAAAAUUAACCAAGAGCUGCAAGAUGUCAGCAAGAGCGGCCGCAGUACUCGCCACAUCGAGAUUGUGUUGGAUCAGUCCUCGGGUAUUCAGUAUCAGACCGGUGACCAUCUCAACGUGUACCCAGCCAACAAGCCUGCAAGCGUACUCCAAAUCGAGCAGGUUUCAAAUGCUUCCCGUUUCAGUCGUUCGGCUGCCGCUGCUAUCCAAGGAGCAACAUGCUCGGUCUCUGACACACUUCAGUACCUGUGUGACUGGAAGGAGGCGCCCUCGCGCGAGCUGGUUGUUGCGCUGGCCGAGGUUGCUGGCGACGAUGCUGCGUACAAUGUCCUGCGCAAGGCGGCUGACGAUGUCAAUACGCUGGGAAAGCAGUCGCCUGGCUGGUGCGAGUUCAUUUCGCAGACUCGCACAGUCCUAGAUAUGCUUCGUCAUUAUGCCCCCCUUGUGCGACAGGUUCCGUUCGGGUCGAUUCUACACUUUGUGUCGGCCAUGGACUCCUCUCGCUCGUAUGGCGGUCUGGCAACUGAGCACCUUGCAUCACUGGAGUCUGGCUCUCGUCUUUCGCCUUUCCACCUGCCAUCCUCAUCUGCUAUCCCAGUCCUGUUCAUCGGUGCUGGCACUGGAGUCGCGCCGUUCCGCGGCUUCCUGCAAGAGAUGAAGCAAGCAGGUUACUGGCGAUGCCACAGCUGUACUUUGGCUGCCGCAGCCCAGAGUACGACUACCUCUACAAGGACGAGCUUCGAGCAAUAUAUCCAGAGCGGCACACUGGCCAAGCUACAGCCUGCGUUUUCGCGUGUUGGUAGUGAGCGCAAGUAUGUGCAGCACCACAUUUCUGCCGAUGGUGCCAAGAUCUGGGAUCCUGCUGGACAGUCCAGAAAGCACAGCAAGCUAGCCAAGGACGUUGUCAGCACCAUGCUUGACAUAUUCCAGACCCACGGCCGGCUCUCUUCCGACGAUGCGAGCAAGUAUCUUGCUGACCUGGUCGCAGCCGGUCGGUACGUGGAGGACGUGUGGUGA